GCGGCUCCCCUGGUGGGUGUGUUCCUCCGCCGCAGCCCCAGCUCUAAACGGAGCGGCUCCUCGGGAGGCGGCAGGGCACAGUGACUGGGGAGCGCGCCCGGGGAGCCCCGCAGCCCUGCCCUGGACCGACGGCGGCGCCCGCCGGCCCCUGCCCCCGGGAGGGCCCUGCCCCCGCCCCGGCCCGCCGGCAGGUGACCCCGGGCCGCCCGCGGGCUGUAGCGUGACCCGACCCGAUGGGCAGCCGCCUCCGCUCCGGCCCCUGCCCCGCGUCUCCGCCAGCGCAGCCCGGAAACGCGCCGCAUGUCUCCCAGAUAAAAAUAAAAGCGACUCCCUCCUCCCCGCUGCAGCGUGUCCCGCAGCCCGGCCCGCCCCGGCGCUGAGCGAGCCCGGCCCCCGCCGCAGCCUGCCUGGCGCCCCGGGCCGCCCAUGGAUAUUGCAACAGGUCCCGAGUCCUUGGAAAGGUGCUUUAGCCGGGGCCAGUCGGACUGCGCCAAGAUGCUGGACGGCAUUAAAAUGGAAGAUCACCCCCUGCGCUCGGGCGCCGCGACCUUGGGCGUGCUGCUGGGGUCAGAGUGUCAGAACCAGGCGGUCUGCGAGGGCUGCCAGCGCCCGAUCUCAGACCGUUUUCUGAUGAGAGUGAACGAGUCUUCCUGGCACGAAGAGUGUUUGCAGUGUGCCGUGUGUCAACAAGCCCUCACCACCAGCUGCUACUUCCGGGAUCGGAAACUGUACUGCAAACAGGACUACCAACAGCUAUUUGCUGCUAAGUGCAGCGGCUGCAUGGAAAAGAUUGCCCCGACAGAGUUUGUGAUGAGAGCCUUGGAAUGCGUUUACCACUUAAGCUGCUUCAGUUGCUGUGUCUGUGAGCGGCAGCUGAGGAAAGGAGACGAGUUUGUUCUGAAGGAAGGACAGUUGCUCUGCAAAAGUGACUAUGAGAAAGAAAAAGACUUGCUCAGCUCAGUGAGCCCCGAUGACUCAGACUCAGUUAAAAGUGAUGAUGAGGACGGAGAUGUUAAACCAACCAAAGGACAAGCAAACCAAGGAAAAGGGAGCGAUGAUGGGAAAGACCCAAGGAGACCCAAACGACCAAGGACAAUACUUACAACACAGCAGAGAAGAGCAUUCAAAGCAUCCUUUGAAGUGUCUUCAAAGCCAUGUAGGAAGGUCAGAGAAACACUAGCAGCUGAAACAGGACUCAGUGUGCGAGUUGUCCAGGUCUGGUUUCAGAACCAAAGAGCAAAGAUGAAGAAACUAGCACGGAGGCAUCAGCAGCAGCAGGAGCAGCAAAACUCUCAGCGACUAGGGCAAGAAGUAAUGUCCAACCGAAUGGAAGGGAUGAUGACAUCGUACACGCCACUUGCACCACCACAGCAGCAGAUUGUAGCAAUGGAUCAAAGCAGUUAUGGCACGGACCCAUUCCAGCAAGGUCUUACCCCUCCACAAAUGCCAGGAGACCACAUGAACCCCUAUGGAAACGACUCAAUUUUUCAUGAUAUCGACAGUGAUACCUCUUUGACUAGCUUGAGCGACUGUUUCCUUGCCUCCUCAGAAGUUAACUCCAUGCAGGCUAGAGUAGGAAACCCCAUUGACAGGCUGUACUCUAUGCAGAGCUCAUAUUUCGCCUCAUGAAAAUAAUAAAAAAAAAACAAAUAGCUGGCGUAUCUUUAGCAAGUGACUUUUUGCAGAGCAGACUCUACAGCCAUAUGUUGCCCAGCUCUUCCUUCACAGUGACUCCUGCCACCUCUGGACUGCCAAGAGCAUUUUUAGGAGGACCAUAUAUUAAAUAAAUAAAUCAACCCACCAACCCUCACCUCCCCCAGUCACACACACCCACAUCCUCAAUUAUCCGGAUUGGACCAGGCCGAGAGGAAAGCAUGGGAAGAACGGAACACCCAGCUCUCCAGCAGCCCUUGGUUUGGUUUGAGCUCCGCACUGUAAAGGAGGUGACUGUGUGAAAAGCGAGACCUUUUUCCUCCUUUCUUUCUUCCUUUCAUUUGGAUAUUUAAACUUUUUUUUUUAAAGCCACUGAGACUGACAUCAGUCGACCAUAUGACGAAUAAAUCAAAGAAACUGGAGACUCCUCCCCUUUCUUACUGCAUGACUCAUACUAUGUUGUGGAUAAAUUGCCAUUUGAACUGUGAGAAGUUAAUGUAAAUGUGACGUUCAACAUUUGUUUCCUUUCUACACUUUUUCUACAUUACCCUCAAUCUGCUCCUUAGUUUAUAGCCCUUAUACUGUAUGAUACUUAGAAAAACUGGUUAACAAUAAGCCUUGUGGAGAAGCCAGUGAUUUCAUAAUUGGAAAAGGACCCUGGAGAGAAGCUGCAUGUUAGGGACAGAUGCAUUUAGAUUAGUAUUAAUCUUGAAUAAUUAAAACAAAAGGUGCUUACAUUACACAGAGCUUUAUUUAAUUUUUAAUGUGUGAGAAUAAAACAUUUACUUUUAUUUGUAAGUAAUUCAGUGCCACCUUUCAAGCCUAGACUGUGAUUGGCAACCAUGUGUUGUUCAUUCUGUUCUGUUUAUUUAGGUUUUGUAUGAGACAUAAAUGUGCUACACUCCAUUGUCCAUCUGGAAUAAUUAAGACCUCCUUUCAUUAAUUUUCUUCCCUUGUCAAGGAAAGUGCAGGAUCUAAAAUCCUAGCCCAGACCCUGAGAAGUGUCCUGAAAUGUUCACCAAGUGAGCGAGAACACAGAGAACACGAGGCUCUGUCACGAGUCUGAGUCUGAUCUCACUUAUGGAAGUUUCACACUGAUGUGCCUCUGUUGCCACAUGGGAGGAGAACCGGGCUCCUUAUGCAGAGAUAAAGAGGACUGUCUCAACAGCCCUUGCCGAGGUUUGAGCAGCCAUUAUAGAUUUUUGUAGGGCAUAAAACACGAUAAAUAAUAAUAUUGUAGUUAUAAAUGUUGCUGCAGACAAUAAUUACCGGGUGGAGAGGCAGACAAGUAUGGCCAUGUCUCGUAAUGGAGAGGCCUUAGUGAGGAACAGUUUGACAAGGUAAGAGAAGUAAUGAUACGGUGUGUUCAAAAACGAGUAAAGACGGGGUGAGGAGGGAAAGGUUAGGUAAGUCAGGCCCACUCUUAAACAAAUGUGGUAAAAAUGCUGGCCAUCCCACGAAAACCAAGGUAAUUGAACUCCUGGCGUGUGACUCAUGGUGCAGGCUCAGGGGCUGCAGUUGCAAACUCUUCAGCACUCAGCGGGGCCCUCCAUGCCAGUUCGAUGGGCCACAGGCAGCCAAGAACGUAACAGACUCAACAGCCUCGUUACGUUCGUGGCAGCGUACGUAUGUUCCAGUUUCCUGGGAUAGUAGCACUGCCUGCUCAGGAUAGGUCCCAGCUGUCAUGGGAGUCUGCCCAUGAAAAGUUAAGCACCCUUUUCUGAACCAGAAAGGGCUACUUCUUGCUUCCAAAGGGGUGAAUACCAAGCAGGGCAAGAAAGAGCUGAGUCAGCCAAAAAAGGACCUGUGUUGCUCUAUGGCAAAUAGUAUAACUCAUCUGGAACACAGAUUUAAAACAAAAGAGGGCAAGAGAGCACUUCUUACAUCCCAAGUAAUUAUUAACUCUCCCCACUUUACUAAACAGGGGACAACCAGAGCCACAUCCCAUCCAGGGGUGGCAAAGCAAACAAAGCUAUUCAUUCCAAACAAGCACGGGCGGAGCUCAGAACCCAUUUUACACCUUUCUUAAAACCCAGCUUCCAUCGCUAGGAGAAACACUUGAAUUUGCACCUUGGUGAGGUGAGGAGAGGCUCCAUUGGGAAAGGAAGUAUACGACUCAUGCAGGCGAGAUGGCACGUCUGGAGGUCUCCCCUCCCCUCUGCUGCCCACAGCACAGUGUCCCAAGACAGGCGGAAGGAAGGGCCCUCUCUCACAAACACACACCCAGUGUUGCUUUAUUCUGUCUAUUCCCCGCCAGCCCCCGCUGUUCUGGGCUAACAAAGCUCAAGCCAUCCCCUUGCUACUGCGUGUAGCUCUCCUACCUCGAACAGGAAGUAGCCCAGAUUGCAGCCUGCCAGCAGUCAGGGGUCCAUCACAAUUGCAUGCAUUCUGUAGAGGCAGUUUUAUCUUCUGCAGAGGGAAGCGACUUCACCAGUUGAAGCAGGGGCUUGUGAGCCCCUUGGAUAUCUGCUGCCAGUUGGGAGAAAAAGGCUUUACUACCUUUUUUCUCACCCAGGCACCACCGAUUUUUCCCCUUGUGCUGUACCAAAAAACACCCCUGCUCACAACAGCUGGUAUCUGUAAAGAACUCAGGUGACCUGGACAUUUACAUUGCUGUAGGGGGCCAGAAUUUGAAGCAUUUCUCAUGUGGUACAUUGGAAACAUUUGUAACUACCCGCCUCACAGGAUUAAUCCAACUCCCAGCAAAUAUCACUUUUCUCAGAGCCGGAGUGUCUUCACAAGCUCCAACCUCUGAUGUUUAUGGCAUCUAUACACUGUCCCAGGAUCCCACCAGUCAGACCUCCUCUUCUUAUCAGUGCAGAAUCAAAGGCCAUAAUUAAUUAACGUUGAGACUGGUCUGAGCACUGUACUGUGCCCCACAGUCUGGAGAUUCCCCUGCUCCAUGUCUACCUCUGGUUCGCGGCUGGAUGUUGAAAAAAUCCACUUCCAAUAAAGGAAUCAGCAAGCCUACUUUGGAGCUCAAGUAUCGAUAACCCUUCUGCUGCUCUUUGGAUGGCACUUUAUCACCUUGGCAUAUAUUGCAAUGUAGGUAUAAAUAUACUCUCGGCUGAGCCUUUGGCGUGUUGUAUGGCAAUGCUUAGCCGUUUGUUCCCCCAUAUUAUGCUCUAGUUGGUGCCAAGUGCAUUAUACAUGCAAUCUCUUGGCCAACAUGGCUAACUAUAUUUCCAGUGCCGGGGUGCAUUGAAGCCAAUCAAGCCGGGGGUGCACUUUUGAAAGUAUGGCCAGUCACUUCGAGCAGGCCAGUGAUAUCUGGCAAAGGCCAAAGUUCAUUAAAGCAAAAUAAAUUUGUAGUAUGAAUUAUCCCACAGGAGCGUGAUCAUUGUGGUUUUAACCCAGGACCUGCAGUAAAAUAUUAUAAAGCAACCUCUGACCUUUUUGAUUUCUGGUUUACUCUUGUAUUGUCAAGGGAAAUGUCACUGAUCAGGUGAAAGUAAAAUGUGCAAUGGGCCAUACAGCAGUAAUAUCUUACCCUGAGUCACAUUGAUAAAUUCUUGCCCAAAACUCUUAGCAUCUGGCACUUUCACGGCAACCACAAAUAGUGAUUGUACAUAUGGGAGUUUGAAGGGUAGAGGUCAUGACAGCAGUUUAUUACGUCUACCUUACAGUGAUAAUUCUCUCUAGCAAAUUAACCUCGCUCUAGUAUAAAUACAUCAAGUGAACUCUUCAUAGCAUUUCAAUCAUGCUGUUUUGGCUAAAGAAGGAAUACACAUUAGGCUAAAGCAGUGACAAGAUGCAAUUAACUAAAAGAAGAUUGAUUAGGUUUGUGUUCACUCAAUAAUAUUUAACGAAAGGUUAUCAUAAUGUGAACAUGCUAAAUGAUAGCUUCCUCAGAAGUCUGUAUUGUGCAAAUGAUCAAUUCUGUGCCCAAAAGUGAUGCUAGCAUACUGCAAUAGUUUCCUGCCGCCAAAUGCGGUAACUGAUUGAUGCAGUAUUUAGUCCCUGUACUCACGGACCAGCAUAUGCUUUUAACCUAGUAACUAGCGCGUUUCCAUUUCAUAGCGUCACUGCCAAUGGAAGAAUUCCCCCACAACGUGCAGCUCAUCUCAGGGCUACAGUAACCACGGUCUCAGUAUGAUGCUGAGGAGAGGGACAUACUUCCAAAUAAUUGGCUUUAUGGUGUUAAAUGUGUUUCAUGUCCAACAAGUAGGAGAUAAUUAUGUUGCUGUCAGUAAAAUAAUUUUUGGUUUCCAUCUCUAAGCUGAAACAUGUCCCACGAAUCUUGGUCUUUUUUCUUCUUCAGAUGCUUUGUCACCAAAUGUGUCUGCGUUCUACAGCCCACUUGGUGCUAACCAUGCACAAGGAGUGAGCUGAAGCAUGCUCUCAGUGGCCACUGAAUGUGUUUCACUCUGCUCAAUGUGCAGUGUGAGUGUUGCUGCUGACCGAUAGGUACGAGCCUGCUCAAAGAACCCCUCUCAUGAGCCUGGCAAUGUGUCCACUCUGCAGCCCAGUCACUGGUUAGGGAGGCACCUUCAGCCUGGCAAUGCCUUGCAGAGUGGUUGAUGUAAUUCCACGUCCCUUUCCCUACUGGGUGCAGGAUUCCUCUCCACCUUUUCCAAUGAUCAACGAUAUUUCCAGCCACACCCCUCAUUCCGCCCAGAGCAUCACGGUGUCUCUGCUCCUGCCCGCCAGAUGGGCCAUUCAAUUUGUGACAUCACCAGAAGUUCCAUGGUGAUGUCAUACUAACUCAAUAAGACUCCACUACAGGACCAAGGAGAAAGAGAAGCUUCCUCCAACCGCAAGGGUUGGUCACAAGAGCAAAAGGGAAGAGAGGACACAUUAGAGAUCGCAUCACAGCCACAGUCCUUGGAGCCAGUUCCAGGUACACAAGGCUACGAAGUUCCCAUGUGCUUUACAUCUCUAGAGCCUGAAGUAUUUGGGAAGUGUUAAUGAGCAGCUGUCAUUGUGUGUCUAAGUCCCACUUUAGUGUGCCCUCCUCUCCUAGCACAGUGCCGCUGGGUGGCACAGAUUGCCCGACUAACACAUCCACAGCAACUUGAAUUCAGAGCAAGUUAAGUGCUUAGCCCACCAUUCAGUAAGGUACUUCAGUACGGGCUUAUCUGUAAGAAAGUUCUUAAAUCCUGUUGGCUUCAACAGGACUCAAGCACGUGUGAGUGCUUUGCUGAAUGCAGGGGGAUGACUUCAUGCUUAACUCCCUUGCUGAAUUAGGGCCUUACUGAAUAACUUGGUAACUUCUAAGUAUAAGCACAGAAUCAUAGAUUGAUUUGCUGAUUCUACUGCAGGCCUUCCUAAUGGUACAGCAUGGCUGCUCUUGGGUCUGCACAAUGUUGUUUUGUUUAGCAGUGACUGUGAAGGGACUUCCAGCUAUUUUGCAGUGGGAACUCUGUUUUUAAGUGGACACCCUUUUUUAGCUGUGUACGGCUGUAUUACUUGUAUAUUUAUAUAUUCUGUAUUUAUGUUACCAAAAUGUAGUAUUUUGUAGCUGUCUGUUACAAUUUGUUUAACUUGUACAAAAUAUGAAUAUGCUCCCUCAUACUUAACCACCUGCCUUUCACAGUAGCUCCCUGCCCCUUGCUCUCUGUGUUGGUAACACGCCACCAUAAUGUGUGUAGGUUGGAUUUUUUUUUAUUUAAUUACUUGUCAUUGUUAAAUUAUUUAUUAGUGUUUUUUAAAUUUCAUUUCACUGCAUUUUUUUCCUGCCAUUGUCACCUGGCAGCUAAAGUAUGUGAGAUUCUCAUCCAUUGCGUUUCUGCCCAUGAAAGAGAGAGAGAGAGAGAGAUUACAUUUCAGUAUAUUUGUAAAUAAAAGCAACCUGU